CUACCGCCAAAAUCAUUCUCAACUCACCGUUUAGACGGUUACUCACUUUCGUCUCCGUCACCGCCGCUUCUCGAAUGCCGAGUCACUGACUCGCCGCCGCCGGAACCAGAAAAGGAAAAUAAAACACAGCAAUGUCCUCCAGGCGCCACUCGCUCAGCGGCCCUCCCCAACUCGCCGCCACCGGGUCGACUCAGGACCUCCGGCAACGAGUCAUUACUUGCCUCAACAAGCUUUCCGACCGCGACACCCUCGCCGGCGCCGCCGCGGAGCUAGAGUACAUCGCCCGAACCCUAAGCCACGACUCAUUCUCCUCUUUUCUCUCCUGCAUUCACAACACUGAUUCCUCUUCCAAAUCGCCGGUUCGCAAACAAUGCGUUCACCUCUUGAACCUUCUCUCGCGCUUCCACGGCAACGCUCUUUCCCCUUUCAUUUCCAAGAUGAUCGCCACCGUCCUCCGCCGCCUCCGCGACCCCGACUCCGCCGUCCGAUCCGCAUGCGUCGACGCCGUCGCCUCCAUGUCCUCGCGGAUCACCCGGCCGCCGUUCUCCGCCGCGUUCCUGAGGCCGCUCAUGGACGCACUGGCGCAGGAGCAGGACGCCAAUGCACAGAUCGGUGCCGCGCUGUGCCUCGCGGCGGCGGUUGAUGCGGCGCCGGACCCGGACGUUGACGCGCUCCGGAGGAGCGCGCUGCCGAAGCUUGGGAAGCUCGUGAAGAACGACGCGUGCAGAGCAAGGGCGGCGCUGCUGGUGCUGAUCGGAAGUGUGGUCGCCGCCGGCGGCGCUUCGAGUCGCGGAGCGAUGAAUUGGUUGGUGCCGUGCCUCGUUGAGUUCCUCGGCAAUGAGGAUUGGACGGUGAGAAAAGCUUCGGCCGAGGCGCUGGGGAAGGUGGCUUCGGUGGAGAAAGAUUUGGCAGUGCAGCAUAGGGUUCUGUGUUUGGAUUCAUUGCAGAAUCGAAGGUUUGAUAAGAUCAAAGUAGUUCGUGAGACUAUGAAUCGUGCUUUGGAGAUGUGGAAGGAUGUGUCUGAGGAUGUUCCUGCUUCGGCUAAGUCUGAAUGUGCUUCAGUUGGCACAGAUAAUGGUGAAGGUCAGGUGCUCCCUAUAAGUUCUCCUAAUGUUGGCUUUAAAUCUUCUCAAUCAAAGAAAACAGUCCCUGCUAACAGGUCCCCUCCAUCUUCGGUUUCAUUCAUAUCCAACAUGAAAAGAGAGAGUUCUCUAAAGAGUAAUGACAAAAAUUCAAGAAUAGGGACAUUGCAUCAGCAGGAUCGUGAGAAAUCCUUAGAUGAAAAACUUGAAACCCCAGUAAGGUCCUCCCCCUCGAAUAUGUCUAGGGAGGAUGAUAUUAAAAGGUGUGAUUUUGAAGUUUCUAAGCCAAUCCCAUACAAAAAUGGGGUAUAUUCGAGGGCAGAUAUAAAGCGUGUUCUCUUUAGCAAGAUGUCAGAUGAAAAAAUGAGGAGAUUCAGUGGUUCAAAAUCUCGUGUGGUUCCAUGUUAUGGUGACGACAAUCUUGAUGUAGAUGUUAUAGUCAACAAUGUACAUGAUGUUUGUGAGAACCUACAAGAUGUGGAGGAUUUUUCUUUGAUCCGUGAACAACUUAUUCAAAUUGAAAACCAACAGUCAAAUCUAUUAGACCUUCUCCAGAGAUUUAUUGGAAGCUCCCAAAGUGGUAUGAAUUCCCUGGAGACACGUGUACAUGGCCUAGAGAUGGCCCUGGAUGAAAUAUCAUAUGAUUUGGCAGUUUCAAGUGGCAGGAUUCCCAAUACUGAUGCCACAGAAGACACGUGUUGCAAGCUACCUGGUACUGACUUCUUGAGUUCUAAAUUCUGGAAGAAGACAGAAGGUCGAUAUUCAGCAUCAAGGUUCUCUUUCGGAGGCAUAGCAUCUACAAAUGUUGUGCAUAAUGCAAUCGACAAAGAUGGAAGCAAAGAAAUAUUAGCUGCAAAUAACAAAAGAUUGCAGCUUGGUAAGGGUGCAUAUUUUGUGAACCCGUUGGCAGAAGUUCAAAGCGAUUUGAAGGGGUAUUCAGGGCAUCAUUCGUAUAAAAUGUCUAAAAACAUGGUCCAAGAUGCGGAGAGAGCACAAAGUAACAAUGCCAGCAGCAGAUAUGAUGGGAUUCAACCAGCUAGUGAAGCACCGCGAAACCAGAAUAUCAGGUCAUCCGUGUAGUGAAGACAGCACGUGUCAAUGGUUAUUUUAUUGCAGCAAACAUCACAAGACUCAGAUCACUAAUUGUUAGAUGAACUCACGAAAGUCAAUCAUCUUGCUUUGUGACCAGGUUGCAGUGCAGGAGAGUUAUUUAAUUUAAAGCAAUUAUUAGUAAAUUAUUAUUUAGGAAAGGCUAUUCUCUUCAACAUUGUCCAUAUUGAGGCAUAGUUAGCGGCGUGUGGAUUCGGAAGUAAUA